GCGCGUCUGUAUAAAAGCGCGAGAGCGCGUUGCUCGAGGCAUAUUUCGACUCCUCGUCAGCGUCGAUUACGAGCGUGAAGCCUCGCAUCUUCGUGGACGCAACUCCCCGAAUCGAACAGCAGUGAUGGCCCUGUUUCCAGUGCUGUACGGCGACAACUGGGGUCCCUCCGACUUCGCCCGGCGGUUCUUCAACGACGACUUCGGACGCACCUUCCUCGACGGUGAGCUGUUCGACCCUCCGUUCUUCCACCAGCGGUUUUACCUGGAACCCAGCCGGUUGGGCCGUGCCGCUGCCGAAGUCCAGAACCGGACCGGCGAUGCGGUUGCCUGCACUGGCGACAAGUUCGCCAUCAACGUGGACACCCGGCACUUCUCGCCGGAGGAGAUCACCGUCAAGACCAAGGACAACAGCGUCAUCAUUCACGGCAAGCACGAGGAGAAGUCCGACGACCGCGGCUGCUACGUGAAGCGCGAGUUCACCCGCCGCUACGUGCUGCCCGAAGACGUCGACCCGCAGUCGGUGAAGUGCCAGCUGACCCCGACGGGCUACCUCGCCCUGGAAGCUCCUCGCAAGAACCCGGCUCCCAAGGUGGACAAGAGCAAGCCGAUCCCCAUCGAGGUUCGUCACGAGUCCAGCGCCAGCGGCGACAAGAAGUGAGCACGAGCCAUGAAUUUCUCACUUCUCCCUGCUAAAGUUCCUUCAGUUUCGGUGCGACUGACCUCGGUGAAAUAAGAGUCCAGGGACCUGAACGCCGCAGAGCUAGCGGCCACAUCGUGAAACCAGAGCGGGAAGCACAAGUUAAGAGCUGGCCUCGAAGCAAACUUCCCCUGGAACUGUUUUUUUUUUUUGUUCUAUGAACAUUUGUAGUGCUCAAAGUUUCAUGUUUGUUGUGCUGUUAAUAAAUUAAGUUCCUUUGUGCUA